UCAAUUUGAAACGCGACGAGGACGAAGGCAGCCGACGGCAUGCAGUCAAUACAGCUGAUCAGUUGAUGGCACAAUGCAGUGAUAGACGAGGAAGAGGAGGAAGAGGAGGCAGAGGGGGGAGAGGAAGGAGAGGGAAUCGUGGUGGAGAGGACAGAGAUGUCCAUCUGUCUAAAUCCAUGUCUUAUGCUCUCCGCCAUGGAGCCAACCAGAUGGGUCUUCAGAUGGGUACAGAUGGCUUCCUGUUUGUGGAGGAACUCCUGGCUCACCCGCAGUUUCGCUCGUACUCACCUGAAGACGUCGAAAGAGUCGUGGCCACAAAUGACAAACAGCGCUUUAAGCUGCGCUCCCACCCGGAGGAUGGACGCCUGCAGGUUCGAGCCAGUCAGGGCCAUUCACUGCAGGUAAUGGAUUUGGAGCUGAAACCGGUCCUGGCUGGUUCUCCAGACUGCCCUGCUGAGGCCGUUCAUGGCUCCUACAUCCGCAACUGGAACUCCAUCUUGCAGCACGGCCUGAGCCGCAUGAAGAGGACACACAUCCACCUGGCACCAGGCCUGCCAGGGGAGGAUGGUGUCAUCAGCGGCAUGAGGAAAGACUGUGAUCUAGCUGUGUAUAUUGAUGUCCCCAAAGCUCUCGCUGACGGUAUUGAGUUCUUCUGGUCAGAAAAUGGAGUGCUGCUGACUGCAGGCAACGCAGAGGGAAAACUUCUCCCUAAAUACUUCAGCCGAGCCUUAAGACUGAGACCAACAAGGAGCAUCCUGCCACUGCAGUAGCAGCAGAGGAUACAGUUCUGUCAUUGGUCAUAGCAGGACUCACCUGACUGUGUUGGCAUCCCAUGGUUGGUUGAUGCUCGUGCUAGUUCCCUUGGUAACACUUGUUGUUUGGCAGGAGCAUCCUGGUGAGGCGGCAGUGUGAGAAUCCAUUCAGAAAUCAUCCUAAAUGGGACUAAAUUGGUAAACUUUUCAUGUAAGGAUCGGGAUGGCUUGAGGGAAGCAUACUUUCUUUAAAAAUAUGACGGUUCAACCAUCUUAUGCUGGCAAAUGUCACUUUUUAUUUAUGCAUAUGGAGGCUUGCUUUUCUCUAUUGCAUCGUUAGUGCUACAUAAACUGUAGCACACAUUUGCUACCAAGAUAAUAAAACAUAACCCUGGUUACAAACAGACACACUGACUGCUGGAGGAGCCUUUGAGGACAUAUUGUGUCUGUGGUUAGUCACUUUACACUUGACAAAGUAUGGGAAAACAGAGGAUGCAGAUACUGUGGUUUUAGUUAACGGACUACUUCAACAGUUUCUUGUCAGAUAUGGGGGCACACACACACACACACACACACACAGAGCAUGUGAGGGGAGAUAAAUGGUUUGAAGCUUCCUGUGUAAGAAACAGUAAUUACCACCAUAUGUCAGAGCAUAAGGAGUGAAGACAACAGAAAAUGAAAAGUGAAUUGUUGUAUUUAUUUUAAUAAAUGUUUGUUUAUUCAUAAAUGUAUUAGGGAAAACAUUUCAUGUGAGCUUGUGUUUUUCUCCUUGUUGUUGAUUCUUGGCUGUGAUAAUGUGGCUGCUAUAAUGUGCCAUAAAUUUCACACUAAAGUCUAAGUGACAAUAAAACUGCAGCUCUGGACAAAGCAAGGCUUUCUGUCCUGAGCAGCAGGAAGUCCAGAUACAGCGAGCUGAACAAAGUAAAGUUGCUGCUGGCUGAUACGUCUGUUGAUUUUACAUUUCCGUUUGAUUGUCAAGCCUGCUGAUCCUGGACCAGAUGUCCAGCAGUUUGGCCCUGCAGUAGUCCAUCCUCAAAUAAAGCACAAAUCGGCAUGAGAUCCA